AUGACUGUGGGACCAAGCCUUCCAAGAGGAGGUCAGUGGGCCAGGUGUGGAGAGAGCCAUGUGGCUUGCUACGUGGAGCUGCUAACACAGUGUUUUCUUGUCCUUCAGUUGCAUCCGGUGAUAAAGGCUUUUCUGUGUGGCUCCAUCAGUGGGACCUGUUCCACCCUACUUUUCCAGCCUCUGGAUCUCCUUAAAACACGCCUGCAGACUCUCCGGGCCUCAGACCAUGGGUCCAGACGCAUUGGGAUGUUGACUGUACUCUUGAAGGUGGUUCGCACAGAGAGUCUUUUGGGCCUUUGGAAAGGGAUGUCCCCUUCCAUCGUGAGAUGUGUCCCUGGUGUUGGAAUCUACUUUGGCACGCUCUACUCUUUGAAGCAGUAUUUCCUGCGAGGCCAUCCUCCUAGUGCCCUGGAGUCAGUCAUCCUGGGCAUGGGCUCUCGAUCUGUUGCAGGGGUGUGCAUGUCACCCAUCACAGUGAUCAAAACACGCUAUGAGAGUGGGAGGUAUGGCUAUGAGAGCAUCUACACAGCCCUGAGGAGCAUCUAUCGCAGCGAGGGCCACCGAGGCCUCUUCAGUGGCCUGACAGCCACUCUCCUUCGUGAUGCACCCUUUUCAGGAAUCUACCUGAUGUUUUACAGCCAGACCAAAAGCAUAGUGCUCCACGACCAGUUGGACGUGGCCUUCGUUCCCAUUGUGAAUUUCAGCUGUGGGGUGUUUGCUGGCAUUCUGGCCUCACUGGUAACUCAGCCUGCAGAUGUUAUCAAAACCCAUAUGCAGCUCUCCCCAGUGAAGUUUCAGUGGAUUGGCCAAGCAGUAACGCUCAUUUUCAAAGACUAUGGGCUGCGUGGUUUCUUCCAAGGCGGCGUUCCGCGGGCCCUUCGCAGAACUCUGAUGGCAGCAAUGGCGUGGACGGUGUACGAAGAGAUGAUGGCGAAGAUGGGCUUGAAGUCCUGACAGGAAAGAGUGUGCCGUCACCCUACUGAGUGCUGCUUCACUGCACUGUAGCCAAGUGCAGUCCUUCCUGGAGAGCCAGGCAGAAACACCAUCGCCUCCAGCCUCAUUCAGGAAGACAGGUCUGACUGGAGUCCUUGGGCCCUUAGGAGUGGAGUCACAGUCACACCGUACCCUGGGGAGCUGGAGAAAGGCCUGCACGCCCCACAGGGCUCCUGGGGAGGCAUGUUCAGGAGGACCUUUCAGGUGGCCUCCCCUGCACUACCGGGGCUCCUUUGGGAUGUGCCCUGUGCGAGGAGUCACUGUCCAGAGCAGCAGCCUCAUGCCUGGCUGAGGAACUGCCCGGUGAGGACUGUGGGUGGUGUUCUGGCCCAGCAGGCUGAAGGCUGUGUCUGAGCUGCUGUCCUGAGGAGGAGGAACUGAAGUUGUUCUUUAAUGGAUCCCUGGCCAGCUCAGACCCUCUGGAUAAAGGGAGCAGUGACUUAUUGGCCUCCAAAUGUACAAAUAAAAAUUUUUGAUCUUGGCUCUGCACUGUGUAAAUCUAAGCUAUUCUGGCAUUUUCUGCAGUUAAAGGAUAUAUAAAAUAAAGCACUUUAUUAGUGAAAA